UUACAUGUUAAAGGACAGGAAAAAACGGGAACAGCUGAAACUGUUCGUUUGUCACAUGGGUUUCUUUGCUGUGAGCAGACGUGAGCUUUUUAAGAAUCAGUGUGGAACUAGAUAUUAAGUCAUGUCUGAAGAUGUGAGUGUCGUAGUUGUGGGUUCCUGUAUGACGGAUUUAGUAAGCCAGGCACCUCGCCUACCCAAGGCUGGAGAAACAAUACAUGGAUACAAGUUCUUUAUUGGUUUUGGUGGUAAAGGGGCAAAUCAGUGUGUUCAAGCUGCAAGAAUGGGGGCCAAAACUGCCAUGGUGUGCAAGGUCGGAAAGGACGUUUUUGGGGACAGCUACAUUCAGAAUUUCAAAAAUAAUGGCGUAUCCACUGCUUUUGCAGAACAGACUGAAAAGGCUGCAACUGGAGCUGCCUCUAUCAUUGUAAAUGACACAGGGGAGAACGCUAUAGUGAUUGUGUCUGGUGCUAACAUGCUGCUGGAACAAAUAGAGCUACAACAGGCACAGUCUGCCAUCACUAGUGCCAAGGUGCUUAUAUGCCAGCUUGAAAUCAACCCAGAUGUAUCACUACAUGCCUUGAGAAUGGCCAAAAAGAGCCACGUGAAGACCAUUUUCAAUCCAGCUCCUGCUAUUGCAGAUCUUCAUUCAGAUUUCUACAAAGCCUCUGACAUUUUCUGCUGCAAUGAGUCUGAGGCAGAGCUGUUAACAGGGUUGCCUGUGUCCUCAGUGGAAGAUGCCAAACAAGUUGGCCUAGAUCUUCUACACAAAGGUUGUGGUUCAGUCAUUGUAACCUUGGGGCCACAGGGCUGUGUGGUGUGUCAGUCCACAAGUGUAGCCCCCAAACUAGUUCCCACCACCGCAGUCACUGCUGUGGAUACAACGGGAGCAGGUGACAGCUUUAUUGGUGCUUUGGCUUUCUACAUGGCCCAUUAUCCCACAAUGCCACUGGAAGAGAUGGCCAGGAGAGCCAACAUGGUCGCAGCUGUGUCUGUCCAACAGGUCGGCACUCAAACAUCUUUUCCAUUUCCAAAGGAUCUGCCACCUGAACUAUUCUGAAAUUGCAUGCCCUGUGGUCCGUUUAUCGUACGUGGAUUACUCGGUUAGCUACAGCAAUCAAUCAUCUUUACCCAGCAGUACUAGAUGUGAUCUACAAUAAAUAAAUAAAACAUGCUGUGUGAAAUAGGUUUCCUUUGAAUCAACUCAUCUCCAAUUUUUGUUUUUUCUUUAAUUAUCAAGUACAAUGUCAUGCAUGACAGGUUUGCUUAGUAAUUUGUAUCUAUUCUUUAAAACUCUUUUUACAAAGUUGUUACCCUGUCCCUUUCCUGUGACAAAAAAAAUGCCAAUAACCGAAUAAGUUUUGUGCACAUAUUUUCAUAAGGCCUAUCUUUAUUUUCUUUACUACACUUUUCUGUACAUAGUCUGCAGAUGCAGGACUUUCAGUAAAAGUAAAUGUGUAAUAUUGCUACAGUCAGAAAUCAGUUAUAUUAUGAGAAUAAUGCAAUUGAAGCUAUUUAGACACUUGCAGGUAGUUUCUCUAAAGGACUGUCCUGUGCAUUGCUAUCAGAAACAGUUGCACUCUAUAAUCUUUUCAUGUAGAAUAACAUUUGCAUUCACUUACUGCACAUUAUACCUCAUUUAACACAUUAUUGGGAACUGCUGAAAGUGUUGGUGUAUUAUCUACAACUGUACAAAAGAGGGGAAACACCAUCUUAUAACAAUCUACAAUUCAAGUUAAUUCAACUACAAGUUAAU